AUGUACAGCCGAACUCAAGAUUAUAAUUCAGCAAAAAAGAGAUCAACUGACGAAGAUUUUAAAAACGAAGAAAAUGAAGAUAAUUUUACAAAGCGACAACAACAUCCAUCGAAUUCAGUGGCAAAAUCGAAAACUCUGCGAGCAGCGGAAAACCGAAAAACCAACGCAAAAAUGAAUGAAACAUCAACAGUCAUGAAUUUAGUAUUAUCGUUGAAACAAAAAAUGGAUGAUUUUAUCGCCAAACAAAAUGAACAAACUAGCUUGAUAAAAAAUAUGGAAAAGAUGAUGAAACAACUGACACAUAUUACAAGAUUUAUUUCCGAUGAUGAACGAUUAAGCACGAUCAAAGAAGCAAUUCAAGUGUGCUUUUUCAAUGACGAUGCGCAAAGAUCUGAUGUAUUUUGGGCGCAAGAAGAAUCCAUGACCGAUUCGUCAAAUAACGGGCUCGAUUGGGUGUCAUCCAGUAAUCCACAUGAUGAAUAUGAAUUGAUACAAAGAGUUGGUAGCGGUACUUAUGGAGAUGUUUAUAAGGCACGUCACAUGCCAAGUGCGUCACUUCGUGCACUUAAAGUUAUUAAACUAGAAGCUGGAGAUGAUUUUAACAUUAUUCAACAAGAAAUAUUAAUGAUGAGACAAUGUACACACCCGAAUAUAAUUGCUUAUUUUGGAAGUUAUUUAAAACGAGACAAACUAUGGAUUGCAAUGGAGUUUUGUGGCGGUGGUAGUAUGCAAGAUAUUUAUCACAUAAAUGGUCCAUUAGUUGAAUUACAAAUUGCUUACAUUAUACGUGAAACCCUUAAGGGCCUUGAUUAUCUUCACAAACAUGGAAAAAUGCAUCGAGACGUUAAAGUAUGUAGAGAUUUUGUUUCAAUGUACUGCUAUGAUUAUAAAUAUGAUAAUAACUCAUUAUAUUGUGAACGUGUGGUUAGGCAUACACCAAUACCAAUCAUUAUUGAAGAUAUUGUACAAUAUUAUUGGCUAUCCAAUAAUAUUGGGCCCCAAUAUUAUUCCGAUUUUGGUGUGGCUGCAUCAAUAACGGCAACAUUAUGUAAAAGAAAAUCAUUUAUCGGUACCCCAUAUUGGAUGGCUCCGGAAGUGGCAGCCGUAGAAAGAAAAGGUGGCUAUAAUCAUUUGUGUGAUAUAUGGGCAGUAGGAAUAACAGCCAUAGAAUUUGCCGAAUUACAGCCACCAAUGUUUGAUUUACAUCCGAUGCGUGCAUUAUUUUUAAUGUCAAAAAGUGGCUUUAAACCACCUUUGUUAAAAGAUAAAACUAAAUGGUCCAUAACUUUUCAAAAUUUUGUCAAAUAUGCAUUAACAAAAAAUCCGAAAAAACGACCAGCCGCUGAUAGAUUACUUGACCAUCCGUUUGUUCAAGGCAAUCUUUCAGCUCAAAUUGCACGCGAUUUACUUGAUCGUGUUAGAAAUGGUACAAAUAAUUGCUACCAAGAGCGAGACGACGAUGAAGAUGAUAGAAGUAAUCGUCAUGCGCCAAGAAAAAUAACAUCAAACAAAGAAUCGUCAUCAUCAUCAAAUCAUCGUCCAAUGCCGAACUAUAACCCACCUCUCAUUCGAAGUUCUAUUUUAAAUGAACAACCUUCUCCACCUUCACCUCUUCAAUCAUCAUCAGCAACAACAACAAAUGGAAACCAGACGGUAUGCGGCCAUACUCCAAAGAAAAAAGAGAAGAAUGGUGAUUCUACCCAUAUUCAACGUCUUAGAUCAUUGGGUUUACCUGACAACGAUAUUGAAAGAUUAUUACUUAAAUUACCAUUGGGUGCAUUUGAUGAUUUAACACUGAAUGAAAUCCAUCAUAUUGUCAGUGUAAUGUUACGAGAUGUCGACGAUGAUACAGCAGACAGCAUGACAGAAUCAACGUCAGCGGACACAAUUAAACGUCGUCCACUUCCACAAGCUUCCACAGCUAAGCUCAGCUCUGGAUCACAUCAAAAUCAUCGUAAAAAACAGCAACAGUCGUCCGCACCAGUCUAUGAAAAUGUUCUUCGAUUAGAGUUUGAUUCAAACAAUAAUUCAACAUUAAAACGUUCUAGUAUUACGAACACAAAUGGUUAUCAUUCUAAUCAUAACAGUGAAACAUCUUCUAAUUUUCGACUUAACAGUGAUUCGACCUCUUCAAAUAGUAGAGAAAAUUUAAAUUAUGAAGAUAACAAUGAUCAAUCAUUAACAUUGAAACAAACUUCAUUAUCCACAUCGUCACUCAAUGACAAAGCAACGUCAUCUCAACGUCGACCAUUAUCAACAAACACCUCAUCAUCAUCUUCAAUGACUUCUACUACUUCUACGAUAGUGACAACAAAUGGUAUUCCAUCUGUGCCAAAAGUUCAUAUGGGCGCAUGUUUUAUGAAGAUAUUUAAUGAAUGUCCAUUAGAAAUACAUUCAUCCUAUUGUUGGAUUAACAGUGAAACAAGAGAUCAAGUUGUACUGAUUGCUAGUGAAGAAGGUAUAUACUCUUUGAAUUUAAAUGAACUUCAUGAUGCUACACUUGAAUUGUUAUAUCCGCGUCGAACAACAUGGUUAUUUGUCAAAGAUAAUAUUCUAUGGUCUAUAUCAGGCAAAUCGAACACAUUGUAUAGACAUGAUUUAUUGUUGCUAAUGCACAACAAAGGCACAGCACGUUUAUCACUACAAUUAAAUAAAAUACAAAUACCACAGAAAUUUGAAAAAUUAAUGCCAAAGAAAUUAGCAAUAUCAUCUAAAAUAAACAAUACUCGUGGUUGUCAACGUUGUUGUGUUGGACGUAAUCCUUACAAUGGUUUCUUUUUCCUCGGUGGUCUACUUCAAAAUGAAGUCUUCUUAAUGCAGUAUUAUGAUCCAUUAAGAAAAUUUAUGCAUUUAAAAAGAAUGGAUGUAUCAAUUCCACCUGAACCUCCAAUAUUUGAAAUGUUAUUUUCUCAUGAUCAUAGUUACGCACAGUUAUGUAUCGGUGUAACAAGGAGUAAAUCAUCAACAAAUACGUUUAAAUUCGCUUCGGUUAAUUUUGAAACGGAAAAAUUAGAAAACUACAAUGAUGGUUCAUUUCUGCCAAAUAUGUCCCAUUUGAUACAAUUAGAAAAAGAUGCCGAGACAGUAUUGAUUUGUCACGGAAAUAAUAUAACAAUUGUUAAUUCUCAGGGUAGGCCGCGUACGAGUAGACGGCUACUGUCCGAAUUACAUUUUGAUUGCGAAGUUCGUUCGUUAGUAUGUUUACAAGACAGUGUACUCGCAUUUCAUGAACAUGGCAUGCAAGGAAGAAGUUUAAAGGAUAAUGAAGUAUGUUGA